AAUUUUGGUAGGCCGUGGUGAGGCGUGAUGACGUCAGCGCGCCAUUGCGUUCCAACGCGUGUUUCUCUGCAGAAGUCCAUCAUGGAGGCUCUGACCCAGGCUCUCUCCUCCAGCUUCUCUGUAUCCAGAGAACCAAACAGCACUUCUGCUCCCCAUCCACGCCUGGCCCAGUACAAGAGCAAAUACAGCAUCCUGGAGCAGAGUGAACGGCGCAGGAGGUUCCUGGAGCUGCAGAAAGAGAAAAGGCUAAACUACGUGAAUCACGCCCGUCGGCUGGCUGAUGGAGACUGGACCGGAGCUGACAGCGAGGAUGAGGAGGAUGAAGAGAAGAAGAGUCCGAGGCAGCUGGAGAACAGCGCUGAUGAAGAAGGGAUGGAGAUCGAGCAGAGGAAAAAGCUACCGAAGCAUUAUGCUAACCAGCUGAUGCUGUCAGAGUGGUUAGUGGAUGUCCCUGCAGAUCUGGGCUCUGAUUGGCUGAUGGUGGUUUGUCCAGUUGGGAAGCGUUCCCUCGUUGUUGCCUCCAAGGGAUCCACGUCAUCUUACACCAAGAGUGGCUACUGUGUCAAUCGAUUCCCUUCCCUCAUACCUGGUGGCAACAGACACAACUCUGCAGUAGGAAAAGAUUACACCAUCCUGGACUGCAUCUACAGUGACGUGGACAGAACAUACCACAUCCUGGAUGUCAUGUGCUGGAGGGGACAUCCUGUGUAUGACUGCUCAACAGAGUUCCGUUUCUACUGGUUGCAGUCUAAAGUGGAAGAGGUCGAAGGUCUUUCUGAAAUAUCCAGGAUUAAUCCUUUCCGGUUUGUGAGUCUGAACAGCAUCAGCUGUUUGACAGAGUCCAUCCAGACUGCUCUUGCACAUGAGUACAACUUUACAUUGGUCGGCUGGCUCAGACCCUAUAUGGUGGCAGAUAUCUUGGGCAUCGAGGUGCCACAGUGUCCACUCACCAGCAAACCUGAUUAUGCCAGCCAUCAGCUUCAGCAGAUCCUGGAGCACAAGAAAACCUCUACAAAAGUUCGUCCGGCUGACCAAAACGGCCGAUAUGAACUGGAACAUCUGUCCACGCCAGAGGCACAGCUGGAGAACUCUCACAGCACUCAGAAAGAGAUCAUGGAGGCCUGAGUAUCUUUUUUAGAGAGCACUUUUCUCAAGCCUGUGCAUGACUGUGAGGAUGAUCUCAUUUCAGGAGAACACUUAUGUCAAUGGGUUUUUAACUGCUAUAUUUAAAAUUACAAUUCAGUUCUAAGUAUUUCUGUAAUCGCAAAAAUUAAUCUAUUCGGCUUUGUUUGCAGAUAUUAUUUUAGGAAACAUAUAGGUAUAAAUGAUAGUAAACCCUAAUGCUCUGCUGAAUUCAGCUACUCUGUUUAGUCAUGCAUCUUCACUGGAUUUUAUAUAUAGCUUUUUAAUUCAGUCUUUUCUGUGGAAAAUGAGAUCAUUAAAAUUCAGCUGGUGAAGAAGCUUAUGAGUAGUUUUUUUUUUAAAUUUGUGUUAUGACCUCAAUAAAGUUUUACUGUCUGUAUUGUUAA